AUGAAGUAUUCACUUGAUAAGUUCUUAUUAUUUGGCGACUCGAUUACUGAAUUCAGUUUUGAUUCAGCCAACAAUGGGUUCGGAGCUAAAUUGUCAGACACUUACAUCAGAAAACUAGACAUUGUAAAUAGAGGUUUCAGUGGAUAUAACACCAACCAUGCCCUUUAUCUAUUACCGGCAAUUUUGAAUUCCACUAGUGAUAUCAAGAUAAUGACUAUAUUCUUAGGUACAAAUGAUGCUAGUAUUGAUUUCCAGAAGGUUCCGGUGGAGACUGUUCGGACAAAUAUGUCAAAAUUGAUCCAAAUGGGUAAAGAAAAGGAUAUCAAGAUUAUUGUUAUCGGACCCGGUGUUCACGACAAGAAGAUGCUGGAUAUUGUAAUCCCCGAAGGUUUUUCCUCUAAUAAGAGUUGUAAGAUAUAUUGUGAUGCUAUAGGUGAAGUUUGUGUGGAAGAGAAAGUUCCAUUCAUUCCAUUGUUUGAUAUUUUCCAAAAAGAAUCGGGUUACACUAAGGAUGAGAUUUUCAAUGAAGAUUGUGAUUUUUCACAAUUCUUAACUGAUGGAAUCCACUACAGUAGUAAGGGAUAUAUCAUUCUCUUCGACGAAAUCAUCAAGGUUAUCAAGAAGGAAUAUCCAGAAUUAAGUCCGGAAAAUGUUACUAGAAGGAUGCCUGAGUGGGAUGAGAUCAAUUACGAUGAUUUAGAUACUUUGAACGAUUUCUUAGAUCCUUGA